AUGCACGGAUGUCGGCCGCCCAAUUUGCCGCCGAUCCAGCCGGAGGAAGGACCUCGACUCCGUCGGGUCGAAUCUCUUCGGAUGUCGAUAGUCCAGCUCCGGAAUCUUCGGAUUUCCCCGCCACCGCCCGCUUGUGCACCGUGCCAACACCUGAAGUCGACGGCUACAGUCCCAGCCAAAGGCCGGAAAGUCUUAGAAAACCUUUGUUUAACAUAUCCUCCAGUCUCCUCGGUCCUACGGGUCCAUGUAAAAAUCGACGGAAAGGAGUUUUUUCAGUCGAUUGCGGUUCCGACCGCAGAAAGGUAAGUGUUUUACUCUCCUUCUAAAUAUUUUUGGCAUAUAACAUUUUCUAAAUAUUUUAGUUGCGUCCUCUCAGGCGAAUACAAUGACAUCUUGCCAUCUAGCUUCAAAAACCUCCAAAUAGUGAUAGUCGAAACCAUCGAUGGGCGAAUACAACGUCAAUUGGGCCGGAAAUCCCUGAAGAGACGAGAGAUAAUCUCCCAGUCGCAUCAGGACAUCUGGUUACCUAUCGGCGCUCCUUUACAAGUCCCAGUCCCGGGUAAACCGAACAUUAGUCAACAGCCAAUCUGCGAGGAAUUGGGACAAGUCUUAUUGGAUAUUGACUUUGAUCAUAGGACGAAGGAGCUGGAGUUCAGGUAAGUAUUUGCACUCAAUGCACCGUCCGUGCCGUUUUAUGAAUUUUGAUAGUGCUUUAUUCACUGGCAAAGGAUUUGAUAAUUCUCAAAAUGACACGGCGAGCACGUUGAGUGUUAAACAAAAGUUUUGUGGAUCCUGUUGUGUGAUGAUUCGUUAAUUAGAUACUGUGGUCUUUGGUAUUUUCUUUGAAUUUAAAUUCCUAUUUUCUCCAACCUUUACAUAGCGAAUGGGAUUAGCGCUCUUUCGCGCCUUUUGCCACCGAAACUGGACCCUUGGAUUAAAAAUACGGCCAUGACCGGCCUGUUUCUUAAUCCUCCAGGAUCAAGGGCGAACAGCAGAAGGUCAUGCGAGCUAAGAAUUUUAAUUUAUAACUCUGUUUUCGAUCGAACCGAGACGAAAUUAGGUUUUUUAUGACUUUGUUUUGUAGAUUCUGCAGGUAGAUGAGAGCAUAGUAAAGGUCAUGAGGUUCAGUUCCAAGGGUUCCAGUUUGAUUACCCGUUGUAAAACUGGAAUUACCUGCUUCUAUUUUGAUUGAUAAUGAAUAUCUUCUCCUUUUAUGGCGUUCUAUUUUUGUCAAUGAAUUUAAUGAGUUGUUGGAAAAGUAUGCAAUUGUGGUUGUAAUGUGGUACUUGUAGAUACGAUUAAUUUUGUUUUUAAUAACGUUUGACCACUUCCGGAAAUUUUUCUAACUCUGAAAUCCUGGUCUGGAAGUGAAUGAUCGCACGAGUCAGAGCUACUAAGUUUCCGUUUUUCGCUUUUAUUUCGGUUAUUUCCCAGUUUUGAUUGACGAUCUUCUUAUUUUUGACUUUAUUUUUUUAUCGAAAUGUAGUUUUUCUCAAUGGAAUCUCGUGUCUUUUCUAUUCCAAUUAUCCUUUUUGGUAUUUUAUUUUGUUGUUUUUGUCGGGAAGGGGGUUUGGAACCCAAAAUAGCAAGGGGUAUUAUACAUGUCCAUCAGUUAGGUUCCCCCAUUUUUCCGGUAAUUAUCAGUAAUGGGAAACUGUGAUGUCUUACAGUAUUUGAUCACGGGUCUUUGAUAGGCAUGAAGAUUGACAAUUAAUCGGAGGUAUUGUAGUUUACAGUCGAAGAAAUCAGUCAGUUUCAAACUUACAAAUCCUGUGUUUCAAAAAAGAUCUAAUAUUUUGAGGUAAUCCCAUACCUUUCAUAUCGAAUAUCAUGUAAUUGGGAUGAGGUUUUCUCGCUUCUAUUUAUCAAAAAAAGUAAUGUUAUUCUUUGGGCCGAGAUCUCGUCUUAUCACUGUCAUUAGGAAAUGUCCAAAUGUCAGUCAAUCGGGAGGGAAAUGUUUUGGUCCAAAGUGUUUCGACAAAGCCGAUUUCGCCUCAUCUUUUAUUGGGGAAUUCGAAGAGAAAAUAUUUGAACUUUUAUGUUUUUGAGUACUUUGUUCGCUUUUCUCAGUUUUUUUUUCAUCGAAUAUUGGAAAUGUAAACAAGUCUUAUAUGGUUAAUUUUUUUAUUUCUCUUGGAGAAUUGUGUUCCAAUAUUUAAGCUGUUUUGGGCGUUAGUGUAUAAACGAGCCAUAUGUUAACCUUUGCUCUCUGAAUCGCGUCUGUAUAAUAUUCUAAUACUAGAAUUGCCGUCUCCAAUCAUAUAACGUUAUUGCGAUUGCCAAGAACGUAUGGCCAAUGCGGCUGUCUGACGGAAUUUGAGAGUUUCAACCCCGCACUGAACUCUCCACGCCUGCUGUCCUUACUCCUUUUUUCGUUGAUUAUUAAUCUUGUAAAAUUAGUUUUCUACCAAAAUUCAUUCAAAACUCAUCUGAGAUUUUAAUGGUAAUCUCGUUAGGCCACCGGAUGAGGAUGUUUACCAGUCUUUUUGCUUUUUAGCGCGAUUUUGAAUGUGGGAUUAGGCGAAUUGUUACGGAUUUCUCCGAAUUGUUAAGCUGUUGACGGUGUAGGCAGAUGCAAUGUGUAAUGUCGGAUUACGGGCUCUCUUGAUAGUGCCAUUUUGCAAAAAACCGGGUCUUAUCACCUUCAGUGUCUGUUUUUUACUUUUUAUUUUUGUCUUUUAUUCAUGUUUUUAUUGUCAGAUUAUUGGACUGUACUCAUUGGAAUCGUUGGACGCCGCCUUGCUGUUUAACAGCUGCUUCCUCGUCAUCAUCUUCAGCCUGCUCAUACCAGAAGAGUCACCGGUCUUUGCAUUCGCAAGGAUCUUCUCCUUAUUCAUCAAGAUCCGACCUCUCGGUCCCUCGAUUCGAAGCCACUCUGCCUCGUGCUCUUCAACAUCCCCAGCUUCUACACCAUCGCUCGUUGCCUGGGGACGCAUUAAGUGUGGCCAAUUCCCCCUUAUUACAACCCAAAAAAGGUAGUCUGGUGGUAUCGCCCAAAUUGGGCGCAAAGUUCCAGAAGAACGCCAGUUUCCAGCAGUCCCAGGACAGAAAGCGGCACCCAUCCAUUGGCUCUCAGCCUCUUCCCAAGCCUCACCCUGAUCUUCCGCCUCCUUUUGGUACUCCUGGUAAGGCAAUUUCUUGUUAGAAAUUGAUGAUCUGACCUUUGUAGUCCAUUUUUUACCCUAAUUCGGAUAUUUUCAGGCGCACCGCUAUACCUAAUAGCCACUGUAAUCACUCCACACGGUCAAACUCUCAUGCGAAAACUCCAAAUUGUGGAACGCCGAGGCCUGGACCCCGUUCGCAUCGACUGCCGUUCCGUGCUCCCAUCCACCUCCAACUCAUUCGAAUUCCCAGCCCAGCCUCUGCCGAACUCGGACAAGCCCCCAAGUUUGUGUAUUAAGGUAUGCAGCGAACCCGUGGUGGACGACACGAGUUGUUAUGGGACAGUGCAAGUGGAGCUGGAUCCCCAGACCAUGUUUCCGCGCGAAAAUAACCCGAUUGGACCCAACUGGUGAGUAUUCGUAAUCCUUUUUUGUCAUAAAUCACCUGCAUUUGGCUCGCUUCCUAAUCACAUGGUCUAGGCAUUAUGUCUAGGGCCCGCCGAUAGUUUCCUCGAAUCCUCCGCUCUGAAGGUGGAGGGCGGGCGGCAGGACAGGAGGAUUUAUAUGCCCGGGUCCCGGAUCGAAGUCAUUUUUCCGUUUCUCAUUAAUCACCAGCAAAGAGUUUUGGGGGAUUUUGUUUCUUUUCAUCACGGUUUGUUGCACUUUCAUUGGAUUUUCGUUCGAAAGGAUUUCGUUUUCCUGAAUUUGCGGUACGUUUUACCACAUCUGAAAACGAGUUCUGUCGGCACUUCUCUCUAUCCCUGCCUACACUCUCUUACGGUGAUUUAACUCAUCGGAAACACAGCUCCAAUGAGCAAGGUGACCUUUUAUAAUAGUAAAAUUUCUUGAAUUAACGAGGGUUUUUUUAUUGACGGGGUUUGUAGUCCGGAUUGGAAAACGUUUUAUGUUCAAAUAAUUACAAUUAAAUUAUGUUUUCAAUCCAGUCCAUCUGCAAUUAAUUCAUAGUUAGAAUAGUUUUAUAGUUCUUACUGUCCGAGUUGUGUGAACAUGGGAAAGGAGGCUUGAGUAGGCGGUUUGGGGUCGAUUUCAUGUUUUUGAGGUUUCACUUUCUCCCUCCCUUCCCUUUUCCAUUCAAAUCAUUUCCGGUUUGCUUACGAUUCCUUUUUUCUAAUUAAGUAAUAAUGAGAAGGGAGUGUUGUUUCUUGAUGACGGAUAUUCCAAAUUUUCUACUGUGAUCAUAGUUGACGUAAUAAACUUUGUGGUGUCGAGAGAAUGGUACAAUGGUCAGGGAUUGUUGAGUCCGAUCGGAUUUCUAAAAUUGUGAGAUGUUUUGAUCAGAUCAAUGGCAAACUAUUUAGUCUUGUGGCUAAUCGGCAAUGUUCUUUGUAAUUUUGUCGGCGUAAAACCCCCCUAUUGCCGAUAAAAGAACAUCCUUGCCGGCUCAUAAGGUGUUUUACGAUCGGUUUAACCGGCAAAUUUGUUUGGAUUUUCACUUUUUCGGCUCUCUGGAUUUGUGAAAACGGACUCGGCCUCGAUCGGAACAGAGCGGCACCGACCUCAAUCCCCACUGCAAGUUUUGUUUUUAAAAGCCGUCGUUUGGGAAGGAGUUUGAAGUUUGGAUUGAGGUAAUGAGAAAUGAUUUUGGCGUUUAGGACGAGAAAACUGUUAUACCAAUCUUUCAGUCUUGCAGUAGUGUUUGUCGUAAUAGGGACACUUCAUGGUCCUUUUGUGACGUGUUUCAUUUGUUGUCGCCUUGAUUAUGCAUCCGAUCACAUCAUUGUUUUUUUUCAUUCAUACGCCCAAGAAAUGACUCAUUCUUUUUAUAACUACUUCAACUUGAGUGUUGUGCUUAUCACCGUUUCCUCUACUUAUCUUUCUUCAGUUUACGUCCGAAUUCCUCACCGAAAUGUAUGACUGUUAUUUCUACGAGUGCUUUACAACUUUUGUGCACUCAACUGCGGUUGUUAGAACCUCCGAUUUUUUUAUUCUUAGAUUUGGUUAAAUAUCGCAAAAUCUGGUCGUUUCGUUUUUGGUUUUGCCCACGUUUCUAUCUCUGCUUUAAGGUGUUAGUGUUUAUUUAUGGAAUGAAAGGGUUUAUUUUUAGCUCUUAUUAUGUAAAUAUCAACCCGAUCUUUCCCCGCCCUCCCCCUCCCGACGUUUUCAUAAUUCCCUUGGAUGGCGCUUAAUUUUUUGAGGAAAUCGGAGGACCGGAAAUGAGAUGUUUUUAGAGCCCUAACUAUGCGCUGCAAGAGAAUGCGGUCCCUCCCCCGUGUUUUCGAAAUUAACUCUUCUUUCUUGACUCCUCCACAAGUCAUGUUUGCCGUUCUUUUAUGGACUGUCGCCCUAUUGGGUUGGUCAAUAUGUGGGAGGUUGGUGAAAGAUAAUUACGUCGGCUGGAAGGUGUUACUAGUUACCUUCGAAUUUUGUUUUGAUAAUUACAGUUUUUAUUGUAAUUCGGAGGAGUUCUGGGUGCAACCAGAGGAAGUCAUCAAUCUUUUGAUGCCCAACGAGGAAUUAACUUUGCGACUUUGUUUUAAAAUACUCAAAACUUUUGAUGGACGACUUAUAGGAUUAUUUGGCGCCUUAUUUGAGGAACAGUCUUUGCCUUACUCUCCCGCCUACAUCUCUGUAAUCUCCACGUGUUUAUUCGUUAGUCUGGUCAUCGAAUUUAUCGCCAGCAAGCGGCGUCUCCAUAAAGAUUUCCCUUUUUGUUUUUUGUCAAGAUUUUUGUGGAGGCGGAAAGCCGAAUGUAUUGUUUAAACGGUUCUAAAAUGGGGGUGGCAUCCGAAGAUGUCCGCAAUAAUAAAGUUCACGAAUUGUCCAAUUUAUUUUAGCUCAUGCCCACUGGAUUUCCGUGGAUUUUUUGCGUCCCUAAUUUGCAUUCUAUUUUUGGUCCCCCACACCACCCUCUCGCUGAAUUCAUUGGCUUUAUUUGGACAAUUUUUAAACACUGGCUCCUUUAUUUGAACCAGGUGUUUUCCCUUGGGCCCUUUUUUGUUUUCCCAUGUAAAAAUAUAAAUAAAUAUUAUUUUCUUUUGUCGAGUGGACUCGGCCAAGCAUAAAGUGUUGGGAAUCAGUGAUGCGCGGUCUGUUGCUCUUGUCCUUCUCGGCCUGAGGGCGGGAAUUGUCUGGAUUUUCGAUUUAUGGAAUGUGGAUGUAAUUGCCGAAAAGUAAAUUUGUUGCUAUGUUUAAGCUUUAUUUUAAACGAAUGCUGCAUAAAAUUGGUUAUCAAACGACUACUCUUCCGCGAGUCUCUUCGAUUUUGAUAUCGUCCUGUAGUAUUGCUCCUCUUUUGCAAAGCGAGGCUCAAACUUCAUUUCCCACGGUAUUUCCCAUUGACGUUUGGCCGACAAAGUAGCAGACAAACAAGGAUGGCAUCGCUUACAUCUUCCCUGCCACCCCCACCAAAUCCUAUAAAUCCGGAUUUAUAACACCACUGGCCGUAUUUACAUUCCCCCGAUCUGAUAGUGCUGACUUACACAUGGCCCUCGGCUCUGAAAUUCCUUUCUCCAAAAAAGGCGAAAAAAGUGCGGGGGAGGGGACAUAAAGAGGACAGUCAAUUUAAUGCAAUUUCAAGCAAACAAAGUCUAUCGUGAGAGAGAUAAGGUCUUAUUUGGAGUUCCAGUUCGAUAAAAAUAUUUUUUUUUUUGGCGUUGUUUCGAGAUCCCCGCAUUCUUCACUUUGUUGCGUAAUAGUUACAUGUGGAUUAGGGUAGUUUAUGUAUACACAGGGUUCUAAAAAACAUGAAAUUGGAAUAAGUUAUGGGAAUAUCUUAUUUCUCUAACACCUCAAUUGUUUUUAUUUUUUACGAUAAGGAAUCUCUAAUAUUGUCCUUGCGUUUGUGGGGGCUUGUCUUGAAAAAGCGAACGGACGGCAUGCCGUGAAAGUUGAUUGUGUUUUGAAUUCCCCGCCGUUAUCAAAUAUUUAUUUUACACUCUUGCACAAGUCACAUUUCCGGCGAUUUCAACGCGAAUCGAAGAUUAAUAUUUUUUGCGUUCUGAAUUUUUGAUUAUAAUGGAUUCUCCUCUAGUCUUGACGAGUUAGAAUGCUAAAGCAUUGUUUUUAGUGAAUUUAAUUGAAAUAUUUUAAUUCCCAUGCAAAUAAAACUCUUUCGAACUCCACUUCCGAGAGGCAAUUCCAAGAUUUUGGCCAUUCCCACCUUAGCACCUAACUUUAUUACGGAUUGGUCUUUUCAAAAGGCCCAUUAUUACGGCGCAAAUUACUUAAUAUUACUGCGUUUUAAUUACUGGAUCUAGUUUUGGUUUGGCGCCGCCCACUUCCGGGCCAAAAAUCCCAUGGUCUCGAGAUUUUCGGGUGGAAUUUCUUUGCGAAGUUCCGUUUUGGAAUGUGCAAAAAAACAUUUUUGGCCGCAGUAAAGGCCGAAUGUAACGGAGAAUUGUGACUUCCGGUCGUUAUAGAUAAGCGCGGAUUGCCCGGAACCGGCCCCGGAAAUGGCCCGGCUUUGUUUUAUUCCGUUUUUUGUUCUCCGAGCACGGUCGACGCAAUUAAUUGCGCUUUUCGGACGGCUCUUCUGUUUGAGUGCAAUGUCCCAGUAACACCUUCUAAUUGGCUGCAAUAUUGUUGUUGUUUUCGGUAGCUGUAAUAGAUGGAUCAUGAGUGUUCCGGGCUUUACUGUAAUAGUUACAGCUUGUAUAACGAUUAAAGAAUUACUUAAUUCCCUUUGUCACUCCUCUUUUUACUAUUGGCGUGCCGGAAGUAUUAGACUAAGGCGCUUAUCCUUACUUUGGUUUUUCUUCAUUUUUUGAGAUUAUUACAGGUGCUGCGAAUUGAAAAUUGAGUUACGUAGAGCGUUUUACCGCAAAAUUAAAGCAAAAAUGCAAGUUUCAAUUCGAAGCUCGGGCGCAGCUCGAAGGUUUUGAUAAUUUUUAUUUAUCAAGAGAGAAACAGGUUUUACAGGUCUUUAAAGGAGGGUUUACCUUGUUUGUCAGAUUUUAUCCGCGGAGAAAACGUUUUUAUUUAUGUCCCACUAAUUUUGCUUUAUUUCAGGUACUCUGUAAAAUCGCGCUCUACCCUCACGGUCCCCACAAUAUCUCCGAUCCCGGACAAAGCCCUCACCACGGCCACUGUCCCGUCAAACAGUUCUUCCGCCUCCUCAUCGGCUUCCUCUGCUGGCUCCACUCCGGAUUCGGACUUGGUUCAAGCACGGAAGAAAUCUAAAACAGAGGCGAAUCAAGUCGGCGAAAUGAGGAUACGACUCUGGUACUCGCUGGACGAGGUCCUCCCUUUGUGUCAUUACGAACAGCUCUAUUCAGCACUAAUUGCCUCCCUCAACCAUAGACCUCAUUCGACGUCGUUGAUAGCAUUAAUACAAGAGCUCAACAUUGACAUGGAGACCAUCGCCCGUCCUCUCAUGAAGAUCUUCGUUCAUGCCAAAGAGAUACGAACGUUUUUUCGUAUCAUCACCGUGGACUAUCUUUCCGGCUCUCAUGAUGUGAAUACAUUAUUCCGGUCACAAUCGAUGUGUUCCAAAGUAAUGUACGAGAUGAUGAAGUUUGUCGGCCAGGAGUAUCUUCUCGUCUCCCUCAAGCCCCUUAUUGAUCUCAUUUAUGCCGAACGGAAGUGUUGUGAAAUCGAUCCAUCCAAACUGAAACCAGGGGAUACGGUUGACCAGAACUUGCGGAAUAUUAUGGUUUACUCCGAAUUGGCAUUCAGCAGAGUUGUGGAUUCAUGGCAUCGAUGCCCUCAGAUGUUAUGUGAGGUCUUCUCGGAACUGAGAACGGUGGUUGGAGAGUUCUUCCCUGGUCGCGAGGAUAUUGGACGGCUGGCUCUGUCCUCCUUCCUCAUCAUGCGAUUCUUCGCGGCAGCAAUUUUGAACCCCAAGUUGUAUGGAUUAAAACGGGAAGCCCCGGUAAGUGUAAGAUUAGUUGUUUAAUCUUUUAUAUUGUGGGAGGCCGUUUAUUUAUUUUGUUUUUUAGGAGGCAAACGUUUCUCGAACUCUCGUUCUGAUCUCCAAAGUCCUUCAACGGCUAGCCAAUUGUGUUGUCUCACAAAAUCCAUUAACAACGAAGGAGCAGUGGCUAACACCAGUCUUGGAACGUCUGUCCGAUGAAUCCCACAAAAAGGCGAUGAUUCAAUUCUUGGAUUCGGUCAGCCAUUACGAAGAAGCGGACCAGCCGCCCUCCAGUCCAGGCUCCGAAAUGUCCACUACAACGGGACUCUCCAGCCAACUAACUGCGGAGGUCCCGGUUCUCCUGAAGACUGGCCAUAUGGUGGAAAGAAGGGCAGGGAGCGACAAAAAAAGGUCGUUCAAAAACUUUAUCCACCAAAAACGGCGAUUUGUAUCCCUUACGGAAACGGAACUCAGCUGGCAGAAAGUGAAAGAGAACGGAAGCGGAAAUGAACUCGAACCAAAAGGGUCCUUUGCUCUGUCGGAAAUCACAUCAGUCUCUCCACUCACUGAUUCCAAACACUCGUUUUGUGUGGCCACUGCGAUCUCUGAAGUCCAUUUCCAGGCCAACAGUCUCAGUGAUAUGAACGAAUGGUAGGGCUGAUUGUAUAAAGUUGUAAUAACUUUUUUAUAUAUUGUUUAUGCGUUAAUCUGUAUUAUUUUUGUUGUUUUAGGAUGAUCCUGAUUCAGAAACAACAACGUCGUCACAUGAUGUUGGCUAGUCGACCUUCCCAUCAAACUGACCGAAUGGUCGAUGUGGACAUGGAAAGAGAACUGGAAUUGAUCCACAACACUCUGAGCAAGAAUUUAGACAAAUUGUCCAGCUGGCAACAGGCAUUGGAGACGCAAUUACAGGACCGACCGAUCGAGAUUGACCUCUCUCCGGCUUUGGAGAAGAUUGUGGAGAGUGGGGUAAGCAAAGUAUCAAAUUGAACAUAUGUCACUAUUUAUUCAUUAAAAACUUUUGUAUUUUAGAGAGGAGACGAGGAAAAGAACGACUUCCGAAGACAACUUCUGGACACCAUAAAUGUGGCCAUCGAUAUAACUCAGCAGAUCCAACUUGCCCAUAAAGCUGCUCGCAACUUCGAUUUGAAGGUAAGCUGAUUCUCUGAAUAUUUUUAUUGUCUUCUUUAAGAUCUUGAAACCCCCGAAAUCGCAGCCUCACACUCCUAACUCUCCUCUCGCUAGUCCCACGGCCCUCUUGGCCCGAACUUUGGAUGCUGCCAAGGUUCGAAAUGGUUCAAAUCCGACAACUCCAACUUCCCCGAAUGCACCUCAGAACCCAUUCUCGAGUAUGCUUGUGGAUUCGGAGAACUAUCUUCAUCUUCGAGCUGGAGGUGGCACGAAAAGAGUCAGAAAGCCAGCUCCAAACUCCUUAUAUGACUCGAAAUCACAGCUAAGCGCAUCCAUAAGCUCACUUGGUCCACCACCCAAAUCACCAACAGCGUGA